UUUUGUUCAGAAUCAAUUCAUAAAUACUAAGUUUAAUUAAUAAUACAUAUUGCUGAUAUAACUUGCAUUAAAGUUAUAGUUAUAAUUCAAUUUAUUGAACAUAUUCAUCCGCCGAAGCGUGGGAGACUGAACUUCCAGCUGGUAGUAGUCUUUCAUUCAACAUGUCAAAUUACGAAGGUCAAAAAGAUUCUGGGAGUGGGGAGUAUCAAGGUGGUCAAAAAGACUACGGAGGAGAUUCUCGGGAUUAUUCUAGCAAAGGUGGUGGAUACGACACUCGUGGAGGUUAUGGCCAAGAUCGGGGAGGCUACUCUGAUGGAGGAAGAGGUGGUUUUUCCGAUCGAAGAGAUGGGGGAUAUUCUGAUCGAAGAGAGGGGGGAUACUCUGAUCGAAGAGAGGGGGGAUAUUCUGAUCGCAGGGAUGGAGGAUAUUCUGAUCGCAGAGGUGGUGGAUAUGGCCAACAAGGUGGCCCCAGGGAUUCCUUUGAAGAUAAUCGUGAUGAAAGACGUGAAGAAAGGCCCCCUCCUCAACAAACUGCUAAUGGAGAGCCACAAGAACAACAAGAGGCAUAUGAUGGCCCUGAGGGAAUGGAGCCAGAGGGAAUUAUUGAAGGCAACUGGGAUGAGAUAGUUGAGUCCUUUGAUGACAUGGAUCUUACUGAAGAUUUACUUCGUGGAAUUUACGCUUAUGGUUUUGAGAAACCUUCUGCCAUUCAACAAAGGGCAAUCAAGCCUUGUAUUAAAGGCCACGAUGUCAUCGCUCAAGCCCAGUCUGGAACUGGUAAAACUGCAACAUUCGCAAUAUCUAUUCUACAAAAAAUAGAUUUGAACAGAAAGAAGCCACAGGCUCUGGUACUAGCACCAACACGAGAAUUGGCUCAACAGAUUCAAAAAGUCGUCAUGUCUCUCGGUGACUAUCAGCAAGUGAACUGCCAUGCUUGCAUUGGAGGUACAAACAUGAAAACUUCAAUCCAGCAGAUGACAACAAUUGUUCCACAAGUUGUCGUGGGAACUCCUGGACGUGUUUUAGACAUGAUCAGCAGAGGAGUUCUCGAAACUGAUGACAUGACAAUGUUUGUUCUUGAUGAGGCUGAUGAAAUGUUGUCAAGAGGAUUCAAGGAACAGAUUUACAAUAUUUUCAGGUGUAUGCCAGGCAACACUCAAGUCGUUUUACUUUCUGCUACAAUGCCAGCAGAUGUGUUGGAAGUCACCAAAAAAUUCAUGAGAGAUCCUAUCAGAAUUCUCGUGAAGAAAGAAGAACUGACACUUGAGGGUAUCAAGCAAUUUUACGUCCUCGUUGAAAGAGAGGAAUGGAAGUUGGAUACUCUCGUCGAUUUAUAUGCUACGCUCACGAUCACACAAGCCGUCAUCUUCUUGAAUACUAGAAGAAAAGUAGACUGGUUGACCAAUAAGCUUGAAGAGGAAGAUUUCACUGUGUCUAAAUUACACGGUGACAUGGAUCAAAAGAACAGAGAAGUGAUCAUGAAAGAAUUUCGCUCUGGAAGUUCUCGUGUUUUAAUCACAACAGACUUGCUGGCUCGUGGAAUCGACGUACAACAAGUCUCCCUUGUAAUAAACUACGAUUUACCAUCCAACCGUGAAAAUUAUAUUCACAGGAUUGGACGAGGUGGCCGAUUCGGUCGUAAAGGAGUUGCAAUCAAUUUCGUCACAAAUGACGACAAACGUGUUCUUAAUGAUAUUGAAAAAUUUUAUCACACGGCAGUCGAAGAAAUGCCGAUGAAUGUUGCUGACUUGAUUUAGCUUUGUGGAACUUCGUUGAACAACAGUGUGCCUCGUACUGUUAUUCAUUAUUGGAUCUUUGCAGUGAAUAAUAUACUAUUUAUGACAAAAGACUUAUUUGAGAAAACAUUUGAAUUUGCUGAAGAUUUUUCUGCUGUUCGUCGUAUCUACUUGUUCUUGCGCAACCCAGCGCCAAAACUAGAAUUUCCCUAAAAGGGCAUCUUGAACUCCUUAAUUCGCAUCUGCAUUGACUGCGAUUUGUGAAUAUUUUUGUGAAUUAAUUUAUUUUAGAACAAAGUACCAUUGUUUCUUGUAGGAUAUUUUCUUGUAUAGAAGUGUGAAUUGUCUUUCCUUUUCAUUUGCAUUAUAACCUUCCUUCGUCUGUCAAAUGAUUUAAAUAACUAGGUGAAAUUAUCUCGAGAGCCAGCGUCACUUCUGUGACAGGCUGAGGGCCUACGCCCCGCCCCACCUUUCACACAAACGCUGGAAAGCAUAUAUGGCACAAAGAUUUGAAAUGCUUUGUUUUUUCUUGUUAUCGUAUUUGUGCUGCUUAUUAUUACUGUAUUGGGCUACAUCAUAUUUUCAUAAAGUUUUGACUGCUUGUACAAAAAUGCAUUUUUUGCCUUUCCGUUUCUCCAUUACUCAAAAAUUAGUUCCUAAGCUUGAUACCGCUGAUCAGCUGCUUUGGAGACUGAUCGCUUAUAUUAUUAUUCUAAAAUGGCGAUACUGCGUUCAUGCCAAUGUGUGUGAGCAGGCGCCUUUUGACAUCUCGUGUGUUUUGCUCGAUUCUUUGAUAACUUAAACCUUUAGAUGUUAAGAAAUGCAAGUCUGAUUUGAGUAAAAUUUUUAUUAUUGCAUCUUUAACAAAGUUGGCAUCAGUGUAAAAUGACAGAAUUUGGAAAAUGCUGAAUUUUAUGAAGAUAAAAAAGAAAAUCUGUAAUAUAAAUCUCUGGUUAAAAUCCUUUAUAUGUGGUGUAUGCAGGUACAAUGAGAAUAAACUGAAUGUAAACAAA